AUGUCGGUCGACUCGCCUCAGAAGCGCCAGCGACAGACCGGAUCCUUCUCGCCCGCCUCUCCUCCGUACCACCUGGCCGCCAAGACGGCCGGAUCCGCUAAGACGACCCUUCAUCAGCAACCCGACACCCCGACCUCCCCACCGUACAUGUCUUCCACCACCCCGCCCCAUUCCCAUGCCUCGACUGCCUCGCUCUCCACUGCCUCAGCCCAGGCCUUGACGCCGCCCUCGUCGGCCAACAUGUCGCAGGCCUCGCAGCCCAACACCACCAACUCCUUCCCGACGCCUGCGAGCAGCGCCGGCACCGCGUCCUUCGCCUUCAAGCCCGACGACUGCGACGUGCGCAUGACUGAUGACCGUAUGGAAGGCGUCGCCCACACGGCGGCGCGCGACGUGGAGAUGGGUAACGAUGGCGACCACAGGCACACAGGUCACGACCGGACAGGCACGGGCUCAUCCGCGAGCGGUGUGGGCCCAGAUCUCCGGCUGCAGUCCGGCUCUGGCCCAUUCUACAAGCUCAGCGAGACUCCGUACCCAAUGUCGCGGCCGCAUGUUUCGCAGGACUUGGUGGCGCUGUACGGCCUCAACCGCAUCACGCAGAGCGUCGCUCGCUUCGACCCCAAAACGGGCGAGAAGAUUAACAAGCUGCGCAAGUCGUACGAGAGUCACGUCAAGGACUUCAAGAUCUCCGGUGGCAAGAGCAGGCCUGAGGCCGCCCCCGGUCAGUUGAUGGGUUUGCUUCACUUUCCCGAUGAGGAGUACUAUCUGCAGCGUGUGCGUGGCAAUGAAAUGGAGAGCGCGCAGCAACGCAUCCUCGCCAAGUUGAACGGAGGCACUUUGAAGAUGAACCCCGGCAAGCUUUCCAAGGACGAGGACAACAAGUGGAAGACACGGAUCGGUACCGACGAGGCGCCUGCUGCCAAGCGUCCUGCCGCCGAUAUGCUGGACGGCCCGGGCAAGAAGCUCAAGCCCGGCCAGGUCAUGCAGGGUCGAAACUCGGCAACGUCAUCCCCGGCAAUGCGUCCGUCCCCUGCCACCAAGGCAGCCAUACGCCCGGAUCGUGCGGGCAAGAAGCGAAGCUAUCUGGAUUCGAGUUUCAAGGGUUAUGGUGAAGGGUUUGGCGAUGAUGAUGGCGUCGGCGAGUCGACUGGCGGUGAGGACAAUGGAAGGGGCGCCGGCGCCAAGAAGAAGCGCAGGAAGGACUUUGCUGCCGGCAGUCCUCUCGGGUUCGACGAGCGCCGACACAACGUCGGAAUGGUCGGCGUCCGCCAUUAG